AUGGAGGGCCUCAACAAUGGUGACACCGCGUGGAUGGCCAUGUCCUGCGCGUUGGUUCUCUUCAUGACGCCCGGGCUUGCCUUCUUUUAUGGGGGGUUGGUCCGUGACAACAACAUCGUGAACACAAUGAUGAUGAGCAUCAUUUCCAUGGGCCUGACGACUAUCACUUGGUUGGUGUUCGGCUUCAGCUGGUCCUUCGAUGAGUGGGGUGCAGGGAAGGGCUUCACGUACGUCGGAUUCCGCAACCUUGACGCAGUGUGGUCCGGAACCACCAUGCCAGGCUUGACGUUCGCAAUCUUCCAGAUGACCUUUGCCAUCAUUGCAGCGGCGAUUAUCUCAGGCGCCGUGGUGGAGCGCAUCCGGUUCUCGGCCUAUGCCAUCUUCAUCGUUGUCUGGGUCCUGGCAGUGUACGUGCCGCUGUGCCACUGGAUCUGGGGCGGCGGAUGGAUCGCCGAAAUGGGCGCCAAGGACUUUGCAGGCGGCACUGUGGUUCACAUCAGCUCUGGUACCUCAGCCUUUGCGCUGGCUUCCCUGCUGGGAGAGCGAAAGCACAGAGCGGAGAGCUUCCCGUCGAACUUGCCUUUCGUAAUCCUUGGCGGAGGCAUCCUGUGGCUUGGAUGGACAGGCUUCAAUGGUGGGUCGGCAUUUGCUGCCAACGGCGACUGUGCCUUGGCCAUUGCUACGACCUACGUUGCCGCAGCAUCAGCGAUGGUAAUGUGGAUCACGGUGGAGCGCAUCCUGGAUGGAGCCCCCACAUCUGUUGGCGCCAUGUCGGGAGCAGUGGCGGGACUUGUGAACAUCACCCCUUGUGCCGGCUUCGUGGAGCCCUUGGGUGCCAUUGGCGUUGGUGCAAUUGGUGCUCUCUGCUGUAUCUUCGCAGCUCGUGGCUUGAAGAAGCUGAACCUUGUGGAUGACUCGCUGGACUGCUUCAGCCUCCACGGUGUCGGAGGCUUUGCGGGCGCCAUCCUUGGUGGCUUCUUUGAUACCGGGGAUGGCUUGAUCUAUGGCAGCGAUGGAAUGCUUCUCGUGAAGAACCUUGCCGGUGCCGCCUUCGGCGUGAUCUACUCCGCAGCCGUCACGGCGGUGAUCUUCUUCCUCAUGCGCCUCGUGAUGCGUAUGAGGGUCAGCGAGGAGCAGGAGCUGGAAGGUGUGGAUCUUCAUUGCCACUCCGAGGUCGCGUAUGGCAAGAACGAGAACUCGGGCAAGCCCAAUGCCUUCGGCGAGCACUCUCAGCGCUUCAAGCCCGAGGAGGUCCCCGCAGGCUCCGCCCCGGCCCCGACCCUUCUGACCAGCACAGCGCAGACCAGCAUGGCGGAGGGCGGCCAAAAGGCCACAGAGGUCUGA